UCAAACCGAUUGUCUCAGUGUCGUCGACGAGGAGGCGCAUUGUCGAUGAUGGUGUUGAUGUUGAUGGCGUUGUUCGUGCUGUCGGUGGUGGUGUCGUAUGUUGGUGUUGCUGUAUCCUUGCCCCACCGGCGUGUCAAAUGGUAGCGCAUGCUUCGCAAUUAGACCGCUCUCCAUAUGGGGUGGGGGUAAGCGCAUCGCUCGAAUGUGUCAUUGGGGGGUUCCUUUUCUCCAUCAUUUUACGGACACCUCCACAGAAAAGCACGUUGUAUGUGGUUUCACCGCCGUUGCGAAAGUCUGGAUCCAACCCAUCGAGUCGCUUCCACAACCCAACGCUUUAUUCUGUAAAACGAAAGUACCACACUCGCGCUCAUCGUUCUCGAAAAGCAACAAUGAACGGAUCCGAGGAACAAAAGCUCAAGCAUGAUAAGCCGGUAUGUGGUGCAGAGGUCCUCGUCAUCGAUAACCGGGUUUUGCUCAAAGACCUAACCAAGGAAAGGAGAAGGGCGGAUGGACAGAAUACGAAGGGGGUCCGAUAUUGGUAUUACGCCACAUGGGCAAAGGCUGGCAAGAGAUCACCGACUUGUUGAACCAGGUGUACCACACGGACCGCACGCCGAAUGCUGUUCGAAAGCAUGCGGAGAAAGUCAAAGUCGCUGGCCACUAGUGCUAGCACAAAUGAAGCGACCGAAAGCCAGCCGAUCUCGUUCUCCUCUUGUAAAUAGCUUUCUAAAUCCCUUCUGUAAUUAGUCAAAAAAUAGUUCAUCGCAGAA